AAACAAUCGCAACUUCAAACUUCAAACUUCAAACUUAAGUACCUGAACACCAUCGUUCACUUUGAAGCGAUAAAAGUACCCUAAAUAUUAUCACGAGAGAAUAUCUAGCAAGAUGGCUUCAGGCCCACCCAUCGCCACCGUCUACGUGAAGAACCUCGAGGAGCGCGUCAAGCCGGAGCCCCUCAAGGAGGCCCUAUCGACCGUGUUCUCCGAGUACGGCAACAUCAUCGACAUCGUUGCGAAGCGCAACCUCAAGGCCAAGGGCCAGGCCUUCGUCGUCUUCGAGCGCCCCGAAUCCGCCGCCCAGGCCGUCGAGGAGGUCCAGGGCUUCGAGCUCUUCGACAAGCCCAUGCAAGUCGCGCUCGCGCGAACCAGGAGCGACGCGACCGUCCUGAGCACCGGCAACAAAGACGAGUUCGAGCUGCACCAGAGGAGGCGGUUGGCCGAGAAAGAUAAAAAGAAAGCCUUAGAAGCAGCCGAAGAGCAAAAACGUCUCAAGCGCCCCGGCGCGGUGCCCGCAGCAGGCGAAGGCCAGCGACCGGCGAAGGCAGCGCGCGGGCUCAAGCCGACGGCGCCGUCGGCGGGCCCCAACGCCGUCGUGCCCGACGAGUACCUGCCGCCGAACAAGAUCCUGUUCGUGCAGAACGUGCCGGACGACUACCACGACAUCGAGGCGCUCACGGGCAUCUUCGGGCGCUUCGAAGGGUUCCGCGAGGUCCGCCUCGUCCCCGGCCGCAAGGGCAUCGCGUUUAUCGAGUACGAGGCCGAGGCCGGCGCUAUCACCGCCAAGGAGAAUACGGCGGGUAUGUCGCUUGGCGACAAGUUUAUCAAGGUCACGUACCAGAGGCAGUAAGCGUAGGCUUUUGUGCUGUUUGGUUGUGGCCAGCUUUGGUGGUGGGGAGUAGAGACGGGGGAUGGCAUGUACGAUACGCGUCUACUUAUACCCUUUUUGCACUUGGCCUAAUAUAGACAUCGUAGUAGGCAGGUAAGGUACCCAUUGGUAGCAAAACGAAGUAAAAGACAAAUUACGAGAUUUGCUUAUGAUAUAUAUUCAUGUUUCUUUAAUUUGCUCCUGUGCCUAGACUAGAAAGUAGAGGAAUCCAAAGC